AUGGCUUCAGAUGUUGAAAGGAAUUGUUGUGGCGCGAACAAUAACAUAAAUUUAAGUCCUCUGCCGCAUGGCUUUCCCAGCGGAACGUCUACGAUCACGGACUGUGAAGUUUUGAUUGAGAGCGAGUUUUUAGAGCUAGAUAACCAGCUUCAUUAUUCUAAGACAGUUCAUAUUUUAUUGACGGACGAGUUUGUUUUUGUGAAAGAAAUGCGCGACAGACGAGAUUCUGAAGCGUAUGUCCUGCAGCACGAGUCGGGGAAAACAGUUUCAAAAUUUCGACGCUCCGACGUAGUAAUCAAAGUUUGCGACGGCUGCGCUUUUACUUUUAAAGCUAAGUGGAGCAAAGAGACAUCAGUAUGGAAAACGUACGAGCUUUGCGGCAAAGAUGAAGUAUGGCCCAAGUGGUUGCGAAGUUUCAACGUGCAAGAAACUCAAGGGCUUCAGAUGAUUCCGUCUGAUGCCAUCUGCGAAAUUGGCGACGACUCUGAUUCCGAUGACUAUAGCGAAGACGAUGAUAGCGAAGAUAUUCAAAUACCAGAGUACACUUUAACAUUGGCUGUUGAUCGAACUAUCUCUACAUGGUCUGUGUCAUUGCUCAACCCGAGCAAAGUCCGUAGACUAGCUAUUUCACAACACCAUCACGCCGCUCUUCCUAGUCUUGCAAGCUCCUGUGGAAGCGAUCUGGAGGAUAUAUUUGACAGUUUUAAUGCUGGAUCCUUGUGUAGAUCUAAUUCACAUCCUCGGCUAUCUCUUGUGAAGCCGUUCCGAUGUCCGUCGUUGCCAAAUGUUGGUGAAUUGGAGAACGUUCGCGUCGAUGCCGAUUUGAAGCCUGUGUCAUGUAGAACUCGAGGGCAUAAUACUGGAGAGGAUCCAAAACUGAGAUUAAACGCAUCAACUUUGUUUUCCCGUGAGGGAGAAAGAAUUGAUCAAAAUACAGCCCUGGCAACCUUACAACAAAGGGUGGAGGAUCUGCGGUCGCAUCCAACAAACCUGAAUUUUGUGAGAGGGGGUAAAAGGGAUGAGGCUACUUGGGAGUCCAUGACCACGCCCAAGCACCGACGUAAGCAUUCUCUCCAACAGGCCAUGGGCAAUGAGGCUAACCGUAUACCUAUGCCAUCAGAUAAACGAAGCCCUGUUUUAAACAACAAAAAGGAUUUAUUUGACGAAAAUAAAAGGUCUUCUGGUAAACAUGAGAUCAAAACACGUAAUCGUUCACUUAGUCCUAAAAAAUCUUCAGCAGGGAACUCAGACUCAUUGCCAGUUUCUAAAAGACCUGAUUUUGCAGGUGUUGUUCAAUCUGUGCUAGAAAAAGAAAACAAGACAAGUACCGCAAGACAAUUAGAUUUCAAAGAUGACAUGGCGGUCACUAUGGAGGACGGUGAUCAGCCACCGCGGAAAGAAAAAAUCAAGAGAUUCUGGUCAGUGCUUUACAAGAAGCGACCAAAAUUACGAAUGCAUGUAGCAGAAUCUGAUGAUUCCUUGAAAGAAAAUCAAACCAGUAUUAGAAAUACUGAAAGCAGUUCAUCAAGGGUUACUGAUUCUGAUUCUCAUAUUGGUCCUGGAGGAGGCACUCGCCGUGGAGGACUGAGUGGCAGUUUUACUACACCAAAUCAUAAAGUGUCAUACUUAGCAUCAGCUAAAGAAGAAGGAAUUACAACACAAACUCAAAACAAACAAGGUGGGUAAAGUAGUCUCUGCAUGGUUAUUUCCUAAAUUCUCAUUACAAUACUGUCAACUCACUUUAUCGUAGACACCCUCCAGACUGCAAGAUAGUGUCCUUAACAGUGAGGAGUCUGUAAUUACAGGAACUUAUUUGAGAGAAGCAUCUACAGGCGUUUAGCUACUCUAUGUUUUAUUGGGGUUUUCGUAAAAGUGAGCUGUGAAGUGUCCCAAAGACCAUAGUUGGCAGUAUGCGAUUUCAGUUUGAGAAUUUAAGGACUUAGUCAUCUCAGUAACUGUAGCCGGAAACUACUUUUUCUAUAUGACUUGAAAGGAGGAGUGGUCACAAAGCAAAAACAUUAAAAAUAGUAAAGGCACUUACAAGCCAUAGGGCCUAUGAUAUGGCCUGAGUUUAUUCCAUUCUCUGUAGCAUGAAGCACCUGCAUGUAGUAGUAUUACCUCUCUCCCUUGGACGGGAUGCAAGGCCAUGGCAGGGUUGCUCCUAGAAGCAUGCCACCAGUACCUAUUUGUACACCUGGGGGAGGGUAGGUCUUCAAAAUGAGGAAACAAUGGGACAGAAUGGCGUGAAUGCAGACAUCCCAAACCAAAAUGUUAGGCCUUGUGAGGGAGGGUUUGCUGUUGCUUUGUCUGUCAUUUCUGAGACUGCCUGUCACCAAGUGAGUUAGGAAAAAUGUCACUGUCGAAUUUUAGCAAAAUGUUGCUGUCGGUUCAGCAUAAAUUUUUGUGUUACACAAUUUUGGAAUUUACAUUAGAUAUACUGGUAGUACCUAGAAAGAAAUAACCUUUCUCCCUGGAUGGAUCAUUCUUCAGUGAUACCAACAUUAGAAAACAAUAAAGAAAAUAACAGCAAAUUCAAGAAAAUAUUUUGAAAUAAUUGAAGAGAGAUUGUUAUUUCGCUACCAAAACAGCCAAAAUAUAACAGACAUCAGAUGUCGCUUUCACUAAAAUAGAUUGACACUGUCAGAAUUCUUUCCUCCUUUUCUGUUGAUGGUUGGUUCUGUCUGAGAAGUUUGCUGCCAGUUUUCAGGGCCAUGUCACCUGUCACCUCCACUCCAGCAGGAAUCAACAGGACUGCAAGCAAGUUGCUUGCAAAAAAAAAAAAAAUAUUCAACAGUUGUAACAACUAGUGCCUGAUGUACGUCCUAGUUAAACUCUAUUUAAACACCAGACAACAGCAGUUCCAUGGAUGUCUGAUAUUACAGUUCAUUUUAAGCAAUUGUCCCAGAUACCACUAUGUUUUCUGGAUUGAGCAUUUUAUCUUAACAUUUUACAAUGACUUUGUCUCCCUGGAUCUGAAAGAAUACUCCGGGUUUUUUUCAUUUUGUGUGUGUCUGAUUUAAUGUUAGGUUAUUUAAUUUAGAUAUGUUGUCACUGGCUAUUAAAAAUAGUAGUAACAUAUUACAGCAUAUAGACUGCUGUUAGCAAAGAACCAUGCAAGAGUUUUGCUUUCUGUUUAGCUAAAGAGUUUGAAUUCGUAACUUUGUUAUUACCCUAUUGAUUGCAGCUCAUUAGAGCAUAUUUUAUUUGUCAAAAUGUAUUUCUUUUACGAAACAUUUCAGAACUUUUAAUUUAGAAAGAAAGUACAUGUAAUAAUGAUAUUGUUUAUUAAACACAAGCUUGAUGUUGGUAUGAGUUAAACCAUACAGAGGGACUUUUCUUAGUGAAUUUUGAUAUGCAGUGUAAGGUUAUAUUUUGGUUUCUGAGGAAAGUGAAGUGUUGAGCUGAAAAAAUUCCAGUGUAUCAAUAGAACGUAUCUUGUAAUUGUCUCUUGAAUCAUGGAUGUAAAGAAAAGGAAACUGUUACAAGAAGUAAGUAUUCUGUCUUUAUUAGAGAAAUCGGUAUUUUUUAGUUAUUUAUUUAUUCAUUUUUGGCUUAUUGCUUCUUAUUAAUCGCUUUACUGCUUUUGUAUUGCUUCUUUGCUGGUUCAUUGCCCCUCUAUUGUUUCAUUCAUUUAGUUUGAAUAAUAUUUUAUUAAUGCUGCCAGAUUGCUGUUUUUCAUGGGUGCACAAAUGUAAAGACAAAUGCAGCAUUGUAGUAUUUUGUUGUUGAAUUUUUACCUCUUGUUUGAUCUCUUGUUAGUGCAUGCAUUUUCUGACAUUUUAAUUUAAAUGCAAAGUAUAAUGUUCAUUUUUAAUACUUUCUCUUCUAAUAAUGACCAAAGUAAAAAAUUUACCAAAGAAAUAAAUUUCUUCUUUUUCUUCAAAAAAGUAAAAAAGUAUUAAUAGUACUAUGCAGAUGUUAUGCUGAAGAGGUUUCAUUUGAAUGGUAAGGCCAUUGGGAUUUCAUCUACAGACUUGAAAGUCAGAUUGACUCAUAAUAAUUAUUCUUUCCUUACAUCCUUUCCUUACAUCAAUGAAAAUCAAUGAAAUAGUUGUGAGUUUUCACAACAUGUCUUCCAUUUGCCCUUGGCUCCUUUGUUCACACUCAGAUUGUCGCUAUUUUUCUCUAAGGUUGAGGCACAUGUAUUUAGAUGCAGAGGGAUGACAUUGAUAACCAAAUCAACAUUGGCAAAUGGAAAUCAACCAAAUUAUUUUUAAAAAAAUUUAUGACUAUUGUAGGAGUGACGAGCUUUACUACGUGGUUUUACUAACAUGAUAAAUCCUUACAGCUAUAAAAUUAUAUGGGGAAUGUCAAGGCUUGCGUUAGGUACAACAUAUUGGGAAAAAAUUACCCUCUCCUAAUAAAUAUAAAUAAAAUAGCUUUCCUGUUUCUCUAUUUUAUCCACAUAAUCCACCAAGGAAAUAUAUUCUGUAUAGUAUUUACAAGUUUGUUUAAUCUUCUUCCCUGUGGUAUGAGACAGUAUUUUUGCCAGUCAUUUGGGUUCUAUGUACACGUAUAUUUGUUUUGGAUCCCCCAACUGUAUUAGUAGAUUUUUCUGUUAACGAGGUAAAUGUUCCAUGUUUGGCUAGCUAGCUGUAUGCAACAGUCAGUGUAUACCUAACUUUCCUAAAAAUAAAUAUUAGUUAGAAUUAAACAUUUACUUGAUGAGAUUGAGGUUAAGUUGUGUGAAACUUUGUAAUAACAAUAUUUAACUUAGAAAUUGGCCUAUACACUGUCAUUCAAGUCUUUUUCUCAGGAAUUGUUAAGUUUUCUUGACACUCAUGGCAAAAAACUUCCAAAUUUUUUUGUUCUUAAUGGUAUGUGACUGCACGUGCGGUAAUCAUUUGGAUUUGGGGUAUGCUUUUUUGAGCUCCAAAUCUUAUCAGUAGAUUAUUUUAUCAAGGAAAAAGCCGUAUGCCAUUAAUAAAUUAUUUUAUAUUGAAAUUUGUUAAAAUUAACCGUUUAAGUGGUCACGUUAGCUUGCAGUUGUUUGAAACCAUGCAAUAAUAAUAUAUUUAUUUCUCUUAAAAUUGGCCUAUAUAUUGUCUGUGGUCUUUUCCAAAUAUUUUUUUUUGUCUCAGGAAUUGUCAAGAUAUGUUGAAGCUUAGGGCUAAAAAAGACUUCACUUAUUAGGUUUUUUGUAUUUAAGUAUUCUAAGUGUUCCUGAUCCUCAAUUAGUGGUUAAGCCUAGAUCAGGGAAGAUGUUACAUGCUGGCAUUUUGUGGGCGAUUCCCUGCAGACUGCGUGUUUAGGGUCACAUUAUGUAAUGACAUCAUAUCACCAGGAAGCCUUAUUGAAUGCCAAUAAUGUUCUCUCAUGUGUGGUUGUAAGGGUCAGACAAUACUGCCCUCUGUUCAGAAAAAUAGACAGCACAAAAUAAUGUUGAUUUUUGACGAGGGAUAUUUUGGAAAAAUACUCAGUUGAUUCUAACAGAACAAGUCUUGACUAUAUUAUUGGCUAAAAAUAUGUUUUCAUUUGCCUGUAAUAUUGAUGUAAAGAAAGCAAUACUAGACAUGUUAUGAAACAAUGAUGCACUUUGUAGGUGAAAUCAAUACUAGUAGAUUCUAGCAUUCCUGACAAGAUUAAAUGCCACAUGUGUGAGGUCAUCAUCCGGAUGUAUGGUGUAUAAACAAACUUAGUUAGUUGCCGGUUUCACUCUGUACCAAGCACAAUUCAGCCCAUUCUAUUUCUUUUUCGUAUGCUUCAACAAGCCACUUCUUUCAAUAUGGAUUCUUAAGAUAAGAGCUUUGCUGUCCAAUGUUUGAAAGAGAUAUCUUUAGCUCGUUUUCCCUAAACAAUAUCAAGAGUCUUGGAGGCAUUAGCAUGUGGUCUGGGUCAAAGAAGAAAUAUGUCCUCAACCAGUCUUGUGUGGAGCUUUUCAGGGAUCCAACUCUUUACCAAACUCCUUCCAAACACAAAGAGAAUCCGUUUUGCUUUUCCAUUCCUGCUUCUUACUUCAAUUUUGAUUUUGGAAAAGGUAAGGAAUUUCUUUAAUCAGUUUUUUCAUUCAGAACAAAAUUGUAAUUUUACCGAGACAGAGCAAGACAAUAUGAUUCCUUGGUAUUGUUAUUCCAAGGAAAAGUGGAAUUUGGUCAUUUUGUGUUGUUUCUUUAUCAAUGUGACAUCUAAUCCAUGUUUUUCACUGUGUUUUCUAUUUUUUCCUUGUUGUUUGUAACAUAAAUAUUAUGGUGUAGACAAUUCAUGUUUACAGUUGAUGGAAUUUGUAUCAGAGGCUUGUACUUAUCUCUUAGCAUGGCAUUCUCAUAAUUACCUCAAUGUCGCAUAGCUUGUCUAGAGUUACAAUUUUUAGAUCAUGAAUAUUAUAGUAAUUCCUUGAACAGCAGACAUCUUUGCUCGAUAGUCUCUGGAAAUUCUAGCCUUCUUCUUUAAAGUCUUUGUCAAUGUUUUGUCACCUAGGAGUUAUAAAGAUAUAGCAAAGGAAAAUCAAUAUUAUCCCUACUGACCUAUUUUUGUAAAUAGUGCUUUAGAAGUAAUAAAUUAUUAUCAAAUUAUUAAUUCUACCUUAGAACUUUUAUUAAACCUCAUAUCACAGUUCAUACCUAGUUGCACUCCAAAUUUAGGUUCAUUUCUAAUAACUUAUUUCCAUUGCCUUCUUUAGUUUAAGCUUAGUUUAAAAAUCCACUGUACAAAUAACAAGAAGAAAAAUAAUGAAAAAAUAAAUUAAAGUACAAUAUUAUUGGUAAAUGAAGGCAGUACGGAGAAACUGAAUUCCCAUAAAGAAUCUUAAUUUAACCGCUUAAAUAAUGUAUUAACUAUAUCUUUGCUUGUUUUAAGGCAUAUGCAAAUAUUUCUGAUGUUUUUUUUUUUUUUUCAGAUAUAACAUCUGUUGACAUCACUCCUGUUGGGAAGUCACAUUUCUCUUACAGUGGUAAGUGAGGUUCAUUUUGUCUUAUGUAAGGUGAAGGAAGAAGAUAAUUACCUGUUCCUGCUACACAGACUAAAUCCGCCUGUGAAAAUCUUACUUUUUGUAUCAUUUUUGAUCAAAAUAAAUAGAUAAAUUGUAAAAGAGCAGAAGUAAGAUAUCAGCAUCAGUAAUUACUAAUAGAUAAAGCUUGCCAUGGAGUUUUAAAAACAAAGGAGUGGGAAAGUGUUGGAUUCCAGCACUUAAAAUCAAGAAGAAAAUACCAAGUAGAAAUUUUUGCUGCCAUCUUAUAUUUUCUUCUUUAGCUUAAUUCUAGCAUUUUUUUUAGCGAAUAGACAUACCCAAAGAUAUAAUAAGGUCUCACGUAUCAUUAAUAUUCAUUUAAGGUUAGUUGCCUUGGCCUUGAUAAUUUGGUGUCAUUAGCCAUCUGAUUAUUCUGAAACUUUAAGUACAUGAUGGAGUUGAAUCUGAAGUAUCUGUAGCUUUUAGGUUAACUAAGGCUUUUAGAGCAAGAUGCAAUGUUCAAAUUGCAACUUUGUCGUUGUUUUGUUUUUUUAUUCUUUAUCAAUGCCCUUUUGGUGAAAUGGAUUUCAACUUGGUCAAAAAUUUUUAAAAAAUAGGGGUUGAUUAUUUAUUCAUAAGAUCUAAGGCAUCAGAAGGUACUAGCAAUCAUUAUUUAAUUCAGAAUAAUCUGCUAUGUUAGCCAAUUCAUGCGACUUCGGUCGUGCAGAACUCCUUUGGUUUACCGUGCUGAAUAAAUUGUUUCUAGAUGCUUCUCAUGUAGAGAACUUAAAGUUUCUAUUGUACUUCAAGUUUUGCCUAAUUUCAGUGAGCUGCACAAUAGUUUGUGCAAGCUGGAUGAAAUCCUGAAGUUUCACUGAUACGAUAGCCAAAGUAGCGCCAAUAAGCAGCUGUAUUUUUUCAAAAAAUUUUGUUAUGACCUUGGUAGUUAUCAUUAUCUUUUAUUAUUAUUUUCUAGUUUGAGUGAUAGUUUUAAGCCUAAGGCGUAACAGCCCAGGUUAAUUUUUUUGUAUUAUGUUUAGGGCCUUGAACUUUCUUCAGCUUAGACGUUUUUCGUUGCUGACAAAACAAAAUACGUGACUUUUCUCCAUUUUUGCGAAAUAUUUUUAACGAAUGGUAUCGUUUUCUUUUUUAAAAAAGCUGUAUGGAAUUUUCUGUGGUUAUAGCCCAGCACCCCAUAUACGAAUCAGUGAUCCAUCUCUAAUUCUAAUCUAUGCGAGAUAAAAGGCCUCUUUCCGCGCCAUCUUUCUAGCAAAUACUUCAUAGAUGCAUAUUUUUGUUAUUCCUUCUUUCCAGGAAAUAACCUUCACUGGGGCAAGAAAAGGGUAUAUUUUAGUUUCUCCACUUUUGUCUGAGUUUAAAUGACAGUUUUGUGGAAAAAAAAUUCACAUGUUGCGUGACUUUUGAUGGUGGCUGUUUUGUCUUGUGGUAAGAUAAGGCAAAAUGCCAGUUUGAGCCAACUUCCGCUCUCUCCGUUAUGUUCGACCUUUCUUCUGUUCUCCCGUCAAAUGGCGUCAUUCGGUAAACAGGAUUAAAAAUCCUGUUGUUCGCCAACUAGUGAUUCUCGUAUCCCUUAGAAAUAUGAACAACUUCUGUUUUUUUUCGUGACGUAAGAAUUUUCAAGAUCGUUCUAUACAGAUGACAGCAGGCAUCUUAACUAUUGUUAUUCGAUUUCCUCCCUUUUGACUGACUUUUUGUCUCUCUUCCAAGUCUUAACAAUAAAAUUAAUAGUUCAUUGCACAGACCAGUACCGCUUGAUCCAAUAAUGUCUACUGUUGUUUUGCUGCUUCAUCCCGUAGUUGGACGACCUCGCAGUAAGUUUAUUUAUAAAUCUCUACUUGCUAUUUGGUCUUUUAACGUUUGUGGUCAGACAUUUUGUCAUUAAGUUAUUCAAAUCGAAAACUAUUACCUUUCGGCGGCCGUAGAACUAAUUGCUCUUGCCAAAAAUUUUUUUAGUCGAAUUGUUGUUCUGAUCAGACGAGCCAAGUGGAGUUUUUUUUUAUUUGGGAGAGACUUCCUUGUGUUAUCAUUCGCUUGGCAUUUCAAACACGGUAUUUUUCCCUCUCCCUAUUUUCUUUCCGAUUUACCGCAAUUUCCUUCCUUUCCAGUUUACUCGAAAUCUUUAUCCUAGGCGAGUCACGUAGGAAUCGAACUGUACAAGUACUGUUGUACAGCGUGGAAUUUAGGCCCAGCUUGGUUGCUUAGAACAACUUAGACGAUCCCUUGUGAAAAAACGUUCAUAUAGUGGAACCAGGAUCACGCCUCUCUUGGUUAUGUCAAAGAAUCAACAUCAUUACACAACAGUAAUGUUCAAAACCGUUCGUUUAUUAUCUCCUGAGACCUGUAUCAAGCCGACCCGUUAUUAAGCCUAAACCCUGUAUCAAGUUACACUACGUCAAUAAAUCUCAACUUUUACUUCCAAUAUUUUUUGCAAAAGCGACUUGAAUAAAGUGGACAAGACCUGCGCGACACUAGCGAGUGUACUGUGGACGUCCACUUGGUACAUAUUUCGCCGUGCGUUUUAUUUAUAUGCUCAUACUUAAUCAAGGACAGACGUUUUGACCGACCGUCUUGCACAAUAUAGAUGACGGCACAGUAUUAUCUGAGGAGUUGAUUCAUGCAAUCGACAGUUAUAACUUCUUUUCAUGUACAGAGCGAAAAAAGAAGGUUCUAGGUAUGAUUUCACAUGGAAAAUAUCCCAGCGUUCGGACGAAAAAGUGCCACUGCUCAGCUCUUCAAUUAGUUUCUUUCUAUUAAUUGAAAUUCUUCAGUCCGUUGGUGGUCUUUUUUCCACUAGCAUUAAUUGCUGGGGACGCAAGCGGCGGCCACAAGCAAGGCUUUUUUAUAGAGCGUCUACACUAGCCUGCGAACCAAAUUGUUGAUCAUGUUGAUACCGCGGCAUUGCCGGAAGCACUUAACUGGAGCUAAGCUAGGGCGUUUAUCGCUUUUCCUUUGUAAAUUAAAGCGAUUCCGACUUCAAAACAAUUUGAUUAUGCACGCACAUUUAUAAAAAGCGAUUUUUAAAAACAAACAGCGACGCCGGCUGCUUGAGGCAGCACGCAAGAGAUGCGAGUUUCUUACGAUGUGUUUGUUAACGUUUGAAUUCGUUUAUCCCUCAUUGUAGGAAGUAUGAGAAAGAAAAGGCUAGUCAAGAAAAUCCUAUCGCCUAUCUUUAAAUCAAACUCCCAAGAAGAGGAAUUUAGUAACCAGGUCACUAGUCCAGCAGGCGAGGCUCCUCAGACCCCUGAAGCCGUCGAUGGCAUCCUCCCAGAUCUCUCUCCGCGACUGGUUGAUAUAGAUGCAUCACUGUUCGCGCGGGAAAUCACGCUCAUUGAUAAGGAGCUUUUCAUUAGGAUUCCGUGGCCAGAGCUAGCGAACUGUGGCUGGAUGACGAAAGACAAGGUAAAGUGCCUUUUCAUACGAAAAACAAGUUCACACCUAUGGGUGCUGGGGUCCGUUUCUCGAAAGUCCCGGUAACUUUUCGGGCCCGAAUCAGAAUCUGAAGAAGAAGAGUGCGGGUCCUAGCCAAUAAACCAGUACUUUUUGUUGUGUUAAUCGAUCGUUUCAACAUAUUGCUUGCAAAGCUGUUGAAACCUUGAUGUUGAAUGUAAAGAGCAACAGCUUUUCUGGCCCACCAGUUAUCGAGUCUCUAGAGAACGGGCCCCUGGACUCGAAAUCCGUUCGAGUCCCGCACGGAAUCUUGCAAGUAAGGAAAAUCUAUUUUCGCGCUCAUUUCGCUAAUUUGGCACAGGUAAAGUUCAACUUCUGAAACAGGCCUUCCUUUUGUUUACGAAUAGUUUAAAUUAUGUUAUUGACUUGUCUUCUUAAAAGUGUAUUUAAUGCGAUUUUUGGAUCCAAUUUCAGUACGUCACCUCGCCAAACGUGAUGGCGAUGGUAGAGUUCUUCAACCGCGUGGCACUUUUAGCAGCUUCUGAAAUUUUAGCCCAAGACACAACUUGCGGACGAGGGAGGGCGAUUUCUAAAGUUAUCCAGGUAUUUAUCUACAAGUUUAUAUAACCAUGCUUCUUGGGAGACUCACUACGCUUUUUUUCCUUGUUGCUCGCGCUAUUUCCACCUGCGCUUCACUACUAAUCGCUUAGAACAGGCUUGUAAUAACACUGUAAUCUGAUAAAUAUUGUCCAAAUCCAAUUUUGCCACCGGCAACACUUUUUCCGCCUUUAAUCAUAACUAUAAAAAAAUUCUUAAAUCUGAUUGGCUAUUAACUCUUCUGAUUUCAGCACUAAUAGGACAGUGUAAUAGGACAGUACGCGUCAGGCCCACGUAAUAGGCCAUUUCCGAGUUCCCCGGGCCUUUGUAUCAAAGUGAGGUUAAGUGCUCCGCCCUUGAUAUGAAAAAUAAUUUUCAUUCUCAUGCAAAUAAACCUCAUUUUCACAAGAAAGGUUGUGCGCUUGGCUUUAUUUUGAAAGUGAGGGUUUUUGGAACUCGGAAGUGGCCUAUUGGACAAUACGCGCUAUUCUGCACGAGCUUUUGAAUGGCUUUUUAUUUGUUCUUAUAGCAAAAAAACUCUAGGAAGAUCCUGUGUUUCAAUUUUGGAAAAGCUUAAGACAUCACAAAUUUUGUUUUAGUGUCGUCUAAUUCUGUCUGAUAUCAUACCCGUGAUUAAACGAAACGGAUUCCCCCUUACGCGGUCGUCCGAUUUUGUUAAUCACUGGUAUGAUUACAGACCGAACUGAAUUCCGCUCAGUCCUAUGACCAUUAUUAAUUAAACCCGGUUUUGCAGCUUUUCUGCGCUUUUCCUUUCACAUUAUCUCUCGUCCAUUGUAACCGAUUUUUACUGUUUGUUUGUUCUUCUUGUUGUUGUUCCUUAUUUUAUAAAGCGUGUGUAUUUUCAGCUAUAAAGAUCCUGUUUGACUGAAGUCGCGAAUAUCUUAAGAAACUAAUGAUUUACGUUGUUUCAACCCCAUUUUGUUUCUAGAUCGCCGAAAAGUGUCAUCUUUUAGGAAACUUCAAUUCAUUAAAAGCUUUGUUGGCUGGUCUCCAGUCUACGCCGGUCUACAGAUUAAGAGAGACUUGGAAAGAAGUACCUUCAAAAAGAAAAAAGUAAGCCACCCUUCCCAUUGGAUAGUUAACUAUUUUUUAGGCUGGUGGGGAGGGAGGUCUUUGUAACGGUAAUGUUUUAACGUACCGAAAAGUUCCGAAAGUGACAACCCUUGGGAAAAAACGAACCCCCCCGGGGGGGAUAAUAGCGACCCAAGAAUUGACUCUUCCCUUUUUUGUCAAUACUCAGAAAGAGAGAACUCAAAGAUCAACUGAAAUACUCAUCACAGACAGAUAAUUGUAAAUGGCUUUAACUCAAAGAAAAUGAACGUCAGUGGCUUGAUCUAAAUACUUGUUUUGCUUGAAAAUUCAUUUUGUGUUUUAAAAUUGUCGUUCUUAGGUCUUUAAGUUAUCCGUUAUCGGUUAUUCUUUGUUACUCAGAGUUUCAACAUUCAUAAAGCGAAAUUUCACGGAGGACAUUUGUGCUGACGUUAUUUUGAUUAUGUCUUAAAAGUUACCAUUUCCCUGAAAAUAACCAACCCUCAAAAGUAACCCCAUGCCCCAUCCCCUCUGCCGAAGGUAGCGAUUCUUGUUGUUGUUAUUGUUGUUUUGGAGCUCUUGUUGUGGCAAAUAGCAUAUUUAUUGUUAUUUCCUUGCCUUUCUUAGGAAAUUUCGUGACCUGUCCAUUCUCAUGGGAGAAAGCGAAAAUUUUUCCUUAUACCGCUCAGAACUGUCCAGCUGUUUAGGGAAUGGUGCGUGUUUGCCAUUCCUUGGGAAUUUCCUGACUGAAAUUGCACAGACAAACACUUAUCUGGCUUACAGAAAGAAAAGAACGUUGGCGAGAGGAAAACAGUCUCCUCAUAUACAGAGGAACUCUGUGAAGAUCGACCGCACUGAUGGAGCUAUGAUAAAUGGGGAAACUCCGAGACGGAAUGGAGUGACUGCACACAGAAGCGACGAAGACACGUCUCCGCGUAGCACGAGUGAGAAAGGAAAUGUAACGUCAGAAUCGAGAGAUAAGCGUCACGCAAAAGUUAAGCGGACGCCGUCACGCAGCAAACUAUUCAAAUUUCGACAAAGCAUCAGUGACAGUGGUGUUAUGUUAAAUCGCAGUAGGAACAAUAGUGCUGAAGUUUUGGAUAUUCCUGAUGGUAACUUACAAAACGGACUUAAUGCGAGUACUGAUUCAGUCAUCACCAGUACAAACUCCCUUAACGAGAACUCGAGCCCUCGUAACGUUACCAGUGGUAACUGCAGCGUGCGCACGCCCAGUAGACCUUCACUAUUUAGGAGGUUAUCAGAAACAUCACCUCCUAAACAGAACGGAUCACCUUUAUCACUCAAAACACCGAAGAGGAGAUUGUCAGAGACUAAAACAGGAGAAACACGGCGCUCGUUUCUCAAGGGACUUGUCCGAAGGACUCCUAGCAGUCAGUCUGUGAAAGAAGGUCGAGUAUCGCGAGGACCAUCUUCGGAAAAGCUUACAAUGAGUCUCAGCACUCUUUCGGUGCAGACCGAGACCUCGAACAGUAUGAAAGCGUUCGCGGAUAGACUCGCCAAAUCUCAAAGUAGUCCAUCUGUCAAAGAAGAUGUCCUAGGCGGGAGACUCAGCCCUGACUCUCUCAAUAGAUCACCUGAGGUCAACGUCAAACGCUCGUCUAGUCAGAACUCAUUGGUGGAGGAUUCGCCAAAUGCUAGUAAUUACGAUAUACAAUCAGGUUAGUUAUCAAACAGAAUUGUUAUCUUCAUAAAUAGGGACUGCCAUUGGUUGAUUCUUGGUCACGUGGCCUUGACUAAAUUCAAAUGUAUCCCGAUAGUAAUACAACAGCACGUGAUCGAAGCAUGGUAAAAAGUGGCGUGAGAGAACACUGCCAGUUUUCACUUUCGUUAUGAACACAACAAGACAAAUAUGCAGGAGCCUCAAGCUUAAAAGCAACGAUUUUCGAAGUUGUCCAAGAAGAGAAGCAGCAGGUCGAAAAAGAAUCACCGACAUUUUUUUCAGUCAUUCACUCUUUACUCUUUGUCACGGUUUAAGUUAAAGUCUAGGAAUAUAACAAAACCCUUCCGUCUCGGGAAACAUUAAGACUCUCGAGAGUACAAGACUGUUUCUUAGCUAACCAAUCAAAUUACGUUUGUGUUUUCUCGACCAAUCAGAUGCGCUUUCUCGCUUGCGUCUACCCAAAUGCUUUCCCGCGUUUCUGACUCCACCUCUUUCUCUUUCGCUUUUCACAAGCUAAGUGUUGUGUCAGCGCAUGUUUUUCUUUUUGGGAAAAAUUUCGGAAAGGCUGAGCACCAACUUUUGGCUCUGAGGUUUCUGUGGCUCUAUUUGGUUACUAAUAAAAGCGCUACUUGGUUAAUGGUUACCUAUCAAAACUUACUCUCAUUACACCAAGUAUGUCAGAAACUCUUAUACUCAAAUCUGGCUCCCAGUCUCCUUGAAGUCUCUGGAGGGAGGAAUAUCUUAUUAGAGAGCUUUAGAUUCUAAGACUAGGUCGACGACGAGGACGAAAUUCUCUCAACACUAAGUAGCGCGCGCUCGUGGACCAGCGUUAUUUUGGCGGGAAAACGUGAUAGCCGUUGUCAUUCUGCUACGAGCUUUAGCGAGAAUUACGUAGUAGCGGAAGCCAGUUAUCAAAUUUUAGAAGUUUUAUCAUUUUGCGAUCGGGAGAGGGCUAAACCUCCCUUAAUAAACCGUUAACUUUUCUGGUGGAAAAAAGUUUAAAUGAUACUUUCCGGGGUGUCUCUUUCUCGAGAAAACGCGAAAAAACGUUUUAGUUAAAUCUCGUUGUCGCAGUCGUACUCGUCCUUGAAUCUAAAGGUCUCUAUCGCCAUCACUCCUGAUUUUCAUUUCAAAUCUUUUUUAACGAUCCUUGCUUGUUGUUAUUUCAGGGACAGAGAAACAGUUGUGGGCGUACCAGAUUGCAUCUAUCCAAUAUGACUUUGUAAGCCGACCCUUUGUGCGACACUUCCUUCUAAACGCUUCUUUUAAUUCCGAAGAAGAUAACUACAGACUGUCACUGAAACGAGAAUCCCCGACCAGAAAGAGUGACAGCUGACUAAUUCGUACGACGGGCUGGAGCAAGUAUCAGCUGAACCCUUCCAUGCAUGUUUUGCUUCUGGAAGACUUCGCUACCUCAGCUCUUCUCAUUGCAAUAAAUCUAAAUCUUCUUUCUCCUUUCCCUUGGUUCAUGGAAAAAGUAGUUUGUGGUUAAACAAUAUAAUAGUUUGAUGGUCCAUAAAAAAAUACUCUCAUAUGGUAUUGUAGGUUUUUGAGUUUAAUUUUUGCAUUCCCCUACUCGCGAGAAAAAGAUCCAAACGAAAAAUUCAUCACAAAAUUAUGUCUUCUAAAAUUGAGAUUUUAUAGGUGAUGACAUAAUUUGACAUUGCGAACUGCAAAUGUAACCAUCCUCGAGACCCAGUAGAAUGGUAAAAUUUACAAAGGUGUAUAUAUUACGUCUUUUUCUUGGUAAACGCCGCUAGUAAUCGAAACUGAACUGAACAGAAAUCUCAGACAUUUGUUUUCGUGUCCAUGGAGACUAUACAUUCGACUUUAGUAAGGUUAUUUAUUUUAAAAUAAUUUAUAACGUUAAAACAAAGAUAUUUUAAUUUAAUUGGAUGGUAUUUUUACAUUGAAUGUAUCGCGAACGGAUCCUUUGGAUUUGCGCAUAUCACUCUCUUUAUUCGUCUAUUUUAAUUCAAGUCCUCGUGCCUUCUCUCCAUACAACGCUUAUGUUGUGUUUUUAAGAAAUUGUAAAUAAUC